AUGGCUAAUAUUCUUGGAUUUCCACUGCAACAACAAAGGCUGCCAGUUUUAGCUGGUCUUUAUCCUUGUCUCUCUACAAUUCACACGGUUGCUGCUAAUUCUGUUUCAGAAUCACAGAAGAAGUGGAACAUUGGAUUUAAAGGACCUCGUCGGUUGGUAUUGGGACUUGGGGUCUCAUUUUGGUCGCAGUUUAUGAGUAUGGCUGGUACAGCCAGAAGCAACUAUCUCAUCGCCUCUGCAAGGCAAAAGGGUGUCAUUGAAGAGGUAUUGAAGAAUGUGGAUUGGCCACAGCAGUUUCCAUUCAAGGAGGAGGAUUUCCAGCGCUUUGAUGAGUCUCCCGAUUCAUUGUUCUAUGAUGCUCCAAGAUUUGUGACACACAUUGAUGAUCCAGCCAUUGCUGCACUGACUAAGUACUAUUCAAAGGUUUUCCCUCCCAGCAACACUCCAGGAGUAAGCAUCCUGGACAUGUGUAGCAGUUGGGUCAGCCAUUUUCCAAAAGGAUACAAGCAAGAUCGUAUAGUUGGAUUAGGCAUGAAUGAAGAAGAGCUCAAACAGAAUCCAGUUCUGACUGAAUAUGCUGUGCAAGAUUUAAAUUUGAACCCUAAACUCCCAUUUGAAGAUAAUUCCUUUGAUGUCAUAACUAACGCGGUCAGUGUUGAUUACCUAGCUAAACCUAUUGCUGUUUUCAAGGAGAUGUGCCGAAUACUUAAGCCAGGUGGACUGGCUAUAAUGAGCUUCUCUAAUCGUUGCUUCUGGACAAAAGCAAUCUCUAUAUGGACAUCAACUGGUGAUGCUGAUCAUGUUAUGAUUGUUGGGUCUUAUUUCCAUUAUUCUGGAGGCUUUGAACCACCUCAGGCUGUGGAUAUAUCUCCCAAUCCUGGACGCUCAGAUCCCAUGUAUGUUGUGUACUCUAGAAAGGCCUCUACAGCGUGA